UUUCGGACAGCCGCAGCUGGCGCAUUACCGCGGGUUCUCCGGGCGGCGCGCGUCCGCUCUCCUCGGCUCCGGGAUGAUCGGCCAGAAGACCCUCUACUCCUUCUUCUCCCCGAGCCCCGCCGGGAGGCGACGUGCCCGCAGUCCCGAGCCGGCCGACCCGGGGACCGGCGUGGCAUUGGUAGCUGAGGAGAGCGGGGAUGCGGCGGUCAGCCCCCCCAAGAAGGCCCGGGCCGGGCAGGAGGACCCCGGCACGCCGCCCUCCUCGCCGCUGAGCCCCGAGCAGUUGAUCCGCAUCCAGAAAAACAAGGCCGCGGCCCUGCUCAGACUCGCUGCGCGCAACGUGCCGGUGGGUUUCGGUGAGAGUUGGAAGAAGCCGCUCAGCGCAGAGUUCGGGAAACCGUAUUUCAUCAAGCUAAUGGGAUUUGUCGCGGAGGAAAGAAAACAUUACACUGUUUAUCCACCCCCACACCAAGUCUUCACGUGGACCCAGAUGUGUGACAUAAGACAUGUGAAGGUUGUCAUCCUGGGACAGGAUCCGUAUCAUGGACCCAACCAAGCCCAUGGGCUCUGCUUUAGUGUUCAAAGACCCGUUCCACCGCCACCCAGUUUGGAAAACAUUUAUAAAGAGCUGUCUACAGACAUAGAGGGUUUCGUUCAUCCUGGUCACGGAGAUUUAUCCGGGUGGGCCAAGCAAGGUGUUCUCUUACUCAAUGCUGUGCUCACGGUCCGGGCACAUCAGGCUAAUUCCCAUAAGGAGAGAGGAUGGGAGCAGUUUACUGAUGCAGUCGUGUCCUGGCUAAAUCAGAACUCCAGUGGCCUUGUCUUCUUGCUCUGGGGCUCUUAUGCUCAGAAGAAAGGCAGUGCCAUCGACAGGAAACGCCACCACGUGCUGCAGACAGCGCACCCCUCCCCGUUGUCGGUAUACAGAGGGUUCUUUGGAUGUAGACACUUCUCUAAAACCAAUGAGCUGCUGAGGAAGUCUGGCAAGGAGCCCAUCAACUGGAAGGAUCUGUGACCCUGAACUGGAGGGCUGUCCUGGGCAGUUUUCUAGAAGCUGCUAUCGAAGUAUUUGCCAGGAGUGGCAGGUUGACCCAGAAGAAGCAGCAAAGGCUCUACCCUGGCUGGGACCAUAUGGCUGUCUUUGCAACACGGCUUCGGCCUAAAACCUGACAUUACAAUAUCUGGGAGAGGGUGGGAGGUCAAGUACAGAGACUUCUGUCUGUCACCUUUAUGGUAAAAGAGGACAGGGGACAGAAGCACCUCUUGGUACAGUGGGCUGCUACUUGUUUUUACCUGGCAGGUUAGACUUUAGGUUGUAAGGUGUCAGGUGGGUUUAUCGCCCCACCCCCGUGCCCCACCUGGCAUUCCAGUUCUUGGCCAAGUACACUGUUCCCUCAGUCCUUUCCCAAACCCUCAGGCCCCCUCCUUGAAGGAGGCAGGAGGACAGUUGGCAAGUGCCCAGAAGUUCAGGGAUGAAAAUUUCUGAGGACUAAUCCUCUGUGAGCCUUCACAGACAGGCAGAGGGAAGUGAGCUGGGGGUGGUUUUCACAGUUAAUCCUCUGCGUGUUCCUAUGAAUGAACAGGGCAAGUUGAACUGGAAGAAAAAGAAGGGAAUUUUUUUAAUUUUUUUUUUUAUUUUUUAAGCGAGGAACUGCUUUUCUCCUAGGUGCAUCCUGAGUUGGGGUUUUUAAGGCAGCAUAGACUGCCAAAGGCUGUUUUUUAUGGACUGAAAUCACGUGGGGAUUUUUUUUUUUUUUUCCUGCAACACUGGUGAAUUUUGCUGUUUUGAAAAAUACUUAGAUGUAUAUAUGUACUUUGUAAUCUUGUCGGGGAGACCAUCUUUGUUAGGUCUGCACCUCCAUCCUUGAUCCUGUUAGAGAUGCUGUUGAUGGGUUAGCCGGUGAAAGUGUUACCCCCGAGUUUGUUUGGGAAUAAAAGAUUGUUGGACCCAA